CGCCAAUUCGUCGGAGAGGCGGACGAAAGGCAAGGAUGCCAAGCGGGCGACGGACGAUCUCUCAUACGAGGAUCGACAUUACCGUCCUGGGGCGGCACCUAGUGCUGCUGCUGGCACUGAGAUGAGUCACCCGCGGUCGCUCUCCCCACCUGUCCGUCGGGACCACCCAAGCGAGGAUCGCUCUGGUCGUUCGCGCAGAGAGCCAACACCGCCGAGGGUGCCUGAGAGCGACUAUACGGAGGGGCGGCACGGCAACCUAUCCUCUCGCAUCACAAUGGAUGUGGACCCUCCGCCUCGCCAAAGUCGCACCCGUGGCCGACAGGAUCGCCUCGACAUGGACGUCUCUCCCCGAAACAGGUCGUUGGAUCGAGAACAAACGAAUCGUCGUGGUCCCAAUGACUGGUCGGCACCUAGUACGUUAUUCGCAUCAUCCCCUCUAUCGCGUCCCCGGCGUGCGAUCUCCUCCCGAGGUGGAGGACAUGGUCGAUUCGGCUGUCUCGAGAAGCCUAGGGAGUCGAGUGCCGUUGUCCCCUUCUGCCAUUAUCCGACCUCUUCUCGUACGCGGCCCAAGGACGUUCACCCUGGAAUCACCCUUUUCCGCUUUCUCCUUUGUCUGCGUCUCCGUUCGUCGCCCUCCUUACCUUGUCCGUUUUCAUCUUGCAGGGACUAGAUCACCGCCGCCACACCUCCGCGCGCCCUCCCCACCGGGUGCUCGUCGAUUCUCUCGUGGCUCAUCGCCCGGAAGCUCUCCAGCAUCGCUUCCCCCGCCAUUGGCUCCGAGACAGAGACCUUGGCCCGAAAGGCCUACGAAUCCUCCGAGGUCAUUGUCACCACGUGGUCACGGUGACUACUCACCCAUUGACUCUGUGCCCCAACGUCGAGGACGGGAAGCUGACAGUAUAGAUACUGGCUAUGGAUUCGACACCAAGCGAAGGCGAGUCGAUGAUCGUGAUGAUGACCUCCCUUCCCGUCGAAGCAGCGCUGUCGAUGUGCCGCCUGUACGUGGAUUACCAGCACGUCCGCAAACGUCCUUCCCCUCGCCGACACCAGAUGAUCGCCCUCGCAAGCGUGCACCUCUGCCACCGCAAAGUGCUCGUUUCCGGGAGGUGCGCCACGCUCCAGUGCAGGAGCCGUUGCCGCUGCCAGCCCCUGCCGCUGAAGGCGGCCGGCGCGGCUACCCCGACUUGCCCCCUCGAGCACCACGGGAGGACGAUGCACCUAUGAGAUAUGCUAACGUGCCUACUGACGCGCCUCCCCUCCGUCGCCAGGGACCUCCUGCCAUCACCGAGCCCGAGUUCGAUGGGCGUGGUCGCCCGCCGCCUACUAGACCUGCUAUGACAAGUAGACCUGGUAGUCGCUUUGACGAUUUGCCUGGACAGGGACCUCGAGAAUUCAUCUCUGAACCAAUGGACAUCGAUGGGCCGCCUAGCUUGCCACCUCCGCGUGGCUUCGAAGGCUCUUCCAGGCCAAGCUCGUCUAUGUAUGCAGACCGCAUGGGUGAUGCACCUGGAGAUGCGCCAAGGGGCCCAAGAGCUAUGGCAGGUGGACGAGAGCCCGUAGUCAACGUUCCUUCGCAGCGCUUCCCGCCUCUGGAGACGCAAGGCCCGCCGCCGCCACACACGAGCUCUUGGAACAUCGGUAGCCCGUCAACUGUCCGCGGGGGACUCAGGACCAUGCCGCGCCCCGUACCCGAGGUUGUCCAUGCUUUGAUCCUCAUGCUGCAGCUCUCGUUCUCAUAUCUCCUUCCUCGCUGUUUCAGAACCCUCCGAAGCAGCCGUCAUUCGGUCCCCCGCCUCCCAGGUCGGUGUCAGGAACGAACCUCGUACCUAUAGGCAACAGGAAGAUACCGCCUGCACGCGAGCCGGACGUUGUCCCCUCCCCUCAAGACAGACUGCCUCCCCCUAAUCAUUUUGCGACACC